CAUUAUUUAUUAUUUUUGUUUACAAACAAAAAUGUUUCAGAAAUUUUCCUACAAAUGAAUUGUUAAUGAAAAAAUACAAAAAUUGCAAUUUGUAAAUUAAAAAAUGUCUAUAAAAUUAUGUUGCUGCUUGUGCUGCUCACCUAGCAAUGAAUAUAAAUCUUUACAGAACGAGCUGGGGGAAUGCAAUGAAAUCUAUGAAAUGACAGUCAAAUAUUUUGAUCCCAUGCUACUCACAGAGUAUAAUAAUACAAAGUGUUCGAGUGAUAAUAAAAUACUUUGCCAGGACUGUUGGUUGCAUAUAAAAGAUUUUCAUGAAUUUCAACAGACCGUAAUAAAAACACGGACAUUGCUAGAAGAGACUGAAAUUAAGCAGUUGCCAUUGCAAAUAAAAUUAGAGGAGGAACAGGUUUGCUCUGUAACAAAUGAUAAAAAUAAAGAUGUGGCUCAAGGUGAUGAAGAAUUGAGACAUUUUGAAGAUAUGUUAAUAAAAAAUGAUUCAGAAGAUGAUGAAGACGCCCUAGGCGAUAAUGAUGUUGGAGUAUUUGAUAAUGAAGAAGAUUAUGAUGACGAUGAUGAGGAUGAAGAUGAUCAAAAACCUUUAAUUGAAUUAAGAAAACCUAAAAAAUCUGUGAAUACAACUGACGAAGACAACAAUCAAACAGAAGAUAAAAAACAAAAUGUGGCAGAGGAUGAGAAACCUAAAGCACGCAGGGGUCGCAAACCUAAAGAUUUUAAUAAAGAACAAGCGGUGGGCGAAAAUGUUGACAAUUUGGAAAAACCACCUAGAAAAAAGAGGAAACUGAAUGAUGCAGAAAAACCUAAAAAGAAUUCUCGCAUUAAUUCCGGCUUAGAGAAAGGUCGAGAAUCUGAUGAAUUCAUAGCGGAAUGGAAACCUUUACUGGAGUGUGAUAUCUGUAAUGAAACAUUUCCUGUUUUCGAUUUGUUAAAAGGACAUUUUAAAGAUAAACAUAAUGCAAGAUGUUAUAUUAAAUGUUGUGAACGUAAAUUUUAUCGACGUUGUGUGCUAGUCGAUCACAUACGUCUACAUAUUAAUCCGGAAACCCAUAAAUGUGACAUAUGUGGUAAACCUAGCUCUAGUAAAUACAAUCUGAAACUUCACAAGAAAGUUGUACAUGAAGAAACUGAACAAUUUGAAUGCGAAAUUUGUCAUAGGUCGUUUAAUCAAAAACCCAAUUUGGAACGUCAUUUAUUAACACAUGCUACGGGCAGUAAAGAUUUCAUUUGUAAGGAAUGUGGUAAGGGUUAUGUCCUAGAAGUUCAACUUAAAUCACACAUCAAGACGGUACAUAGUGAUAAUCGUGUAUGUGAUCAAUGUGGUAAAACUUUGCAUGGCAUUGGAGCACUCAAGAAGCAUUUAAUGGAACAUGCUGGCAUUGAAAGACCUAAAUAUCCUUGUGAUGAAUGUGGUGCCCAGCUAAGAUCUCGCGGUAAUUUAAGACGUCAUAAAGCAGCGUACCAUAAUGAUGGUUCUACCAUUUAUGUUUGCAGUAUUUGUGGUAAAGUGGCAGCCAGUGAAUAUGGCCUAUUGACACAUAAAAAACAUGUCCAUCAAGAAGAACGUAAGCACAAGUGUACAUAUUGCGAUAAGGCAUUUAAACGUCCCAAAUUUCUUCGUGAACAUAUUGCCACACAUACCGGCGAGGAUCUGUAUCAAUGCCCUCAUUGUCCACAAACAUUUAAGGUUAGCUCCAAUAUGCAUCAUCAUCGUAAGAAAGCUCAUCCUGUAGAGUUUGAAGAGGGCAGAAAAAAUCGUUUACAACUGCGUAAAGUCGAUAUAACACAAGUAACUAAUCAAGUUGUAAUAUAAUUUAUUUUAGUUUUUAAUUAUCAUUUUUGUCAUAAGAACCUUUUGCAAAAGGUUAUUAUUUGUAUUUAUAUUAAGCCUAGUCUUAAUUAGAAUUAUUUUUUAAAUCUCUUUUAGUUUUAAAGAAAUAAAAAUUGAGAGU